AUGACCAAUUUACUUCAUGUUAAUUAUGAUAAUGAUCAUGGCCAUAAACAAGGAUAUGAAAAAUUGAUAGAUCAGGCUGAACAAGAGGAGACAAACUCAAAUUCUAAUACCUAUCACAGACAUAAACAGGAGAAUUAUGAUAAUGAUCAUGGCUAUGAACAAGAAGAUGAAGAAUUAAUAGGAUAUAUUGCAGGGUUGAUACAAAAAUUGUUUACGCUUAUCAAUAGGAAAGUAGUUAAAAUUAACGAUAAUAAUAAUGCUGAGGAGAAAUUUGAGGGAUUGAUACUAUUAACUCAGUUAAAUAAGAGAAAAUUUCAUGCUAGUAUCAUUAUGGCAAAAGAUAUAUGA